UGCAAUUUUUAAACUAGUGUCCCCCCCUCCCUCGUCAGUGAUGGCGGCUUCGCUUCGUUGUGUCUCCGCUAGCUGUAAUAACAAAUGGUACUACAGCCGGCAAGAGAUCGACAACAACCCAUCUCGGCGAGCCGGGCUCGACCCGGACAAGGAGCUGUCGUACAGGCAACAGGCGGCCAACCUGCUGCAGGACAUGGGGCAGCGGCUCAAUGUGUCCCAGCUUACCAUUAAUACAGCCAUCGUGUACAUGCAUCGCUUCUACAUGGUCCAGUCAUUCACCAGAUUUCACCGAAACGUCAUUUCUCCAGCGGCUCUUUUCCUGGCCGCCAAGGUGGAGGAGCAGCCCCGAAAGCUGGAACACGUGAUCAAGGUGGCCCACGCCUGCCUCAAUCCGCAGGAGCCCUCGCCGGACGUACGCAGCGAUGCCUACCUGCAACAAGCCCAAGACCUGGUCAUUCUUGAGAGCAUAAUACUCCAGACCUUGGCGUUUGAAAUCACCAUCGACCAUCCACACACGCAUGUUGUCAAGUGCACCCAGCUGGUCCGAGUCGUUUCAGCAAGUAAGGAUCUGGCGCAAACGUCUUACUUCAUGGCAACCAACAGCCUCCACUUGACCACCUUCUGCCUGCAAUACAGUCCGCCCGUCGUGGCUUGCGUGUGCAUCCAUCUGGCCUGCAAGUGGUCCAACUGGGAGAUUCCCGUGUCGACGGAUGGCAAACACUGGUGGGAAUAUGUUGACCCCACCGUCACCCUCAAGCUACUGGAUGAGCUCACACACGAGUUCCUGCAGAUUCUGGAGAAAACGCCCAGCCGAUUGAAACGGAUUCGCAACUGGAAGGCAGGAGGUCAGACGCCAAAGGCCAAGCCCAAGGUCCAGGAGGAGGGAGACCAGAGGGACGCCAUGUUGAGCAUGAUCUCCAUGGCCUCGUCCGAGAGCACCGUGGCGGGCCUGAUGAGCCUCUCGGCGCCGCCCUCCGCCUCGGCGGCAGACAAGGAGAGGGGGACGCCGGGCAGCGCGCCCACCUGGAGCGGAAAAGGCCAGGGGGGCCCCGAGCAGCCAUCGGGCCACGAGGUCCACGCCCCCGCCAAGGUGUCGUUAAGCGAGUACCGCGCCAAGAACGCCGACGUGCUGGCCGCGCAGAAGAGGAAGUUGGAGAACAUGGAGGCCAGCGUGAAGCGGGACUACGCCAACGCCGCCCAGGUUCUCAUCGGUCAGCAGCAAAGGAAGGAGAAGCAACAGCAGCAGCAGCAGCAGCACUCGGGCUCGUCUUCCUCUGACCCGUCCAACCCGUCGCCCAUUAUUCUGAAAAUCCCCCUGGAGAAGGAGAGACACGAUCGCAGCUCUUUGAAGAUGAGGUUCCCCCUUAGCGGGGGAGGCGGCGCCCGGGGGCCGGAGCAGGACAUCAAGGUGCGCAUUCGCGUGCCCGACAAGCAAAGGGGGAGCUCGGCCGAGGAGGGCAAGAGCAGGGACAAGCACAGGGGCGAGCGCUCCAACCACCACCACCACUACAACCACCACCACCACCAUCACCACCACCACCACCCUUCCUCCAGCAGCGCCUCCCUCUCCUCUUCGCACAAGCACUCGUCCGCUUCCGGCGGCGCGGUAGGAAGUGGCAAAAAAGUCCCCAGCGACUCAUCCCGAACGAGCUCGUCCUCGUCCUCGCGCAAGAGGACGCAUCCCCAGGACCCGCCGGCGGGAUCCCAUCCCGCCGCUAAAGUCAGCAAGACUUCUCGCAAUCCCUACCACCUGCCACCCCUCUCGUCCUCCUGCGACAUCUUGCCGGCGUUGGGCCUCCCCGCCCACCCCCCGGGGACCUACUCGCACCCCAAAGGCGACAGGACGGACACCAACGGGCACGGCGCGGCGGGCGCCGCCCAGUCUGACGAGUACCAGGACACUUUUGAAAUGUUGAACUCGCUCCUGAGCGCCCAAGGGGUGCAGCCCUCGCAGCCGUCCGUCUUUGACUACAGGUCCCAAUACGGGGACUACAAGUACUCGGGCGGGACCCGCGGGGGCAACGCUAGACCCCCGCCCCUGCCUUCAGACCCCCCGCCCCCGCUUCCGCCCUUGCCUAAAUGACUUGCUGUCUGCUUCGCUUGGUUUGAAGGUCUUCACAAUGAUCAUUCAUGUGUGGCAGAUGACUUUGAUCCCGUUUUAUUUUUACUGCCAUUUUGCUGAAAAGGCUUGAAAAGCUUUCUCGUGUCCCCAGGAGGGUGUGCUUUGGCUGCGAUUGUCUCUCCCCCCACAUCCGGAGGUUGAGAGGAGAUUAAGGACGUUCGAUUUGAUCACCACGAACAGGUUGUUGUUUGAUCCUGUUUAUUCCCGCCCCUUUCAAAGAAUACAUUUAUAGACACUUUUUUGAAACCCCCCCAUAAUAAUCAAUACAUACUGUGUAGACGUGACUGAGUCAGUCUCCAAAGCAGCCGUGAGCCAAAAAGAUGGCCGUGUUGUUUAUUUGCCAAAUUUGGUAAAUGUGUGCAAAGAUUGUAAAAUGUAUAAAACAUGACAUAUUUUUACACUUUGUUUAAAAAAAAAAAAAAAUCAAGAUGUAAAUUAUCAGCUUUUUUUUAUUGUUUCGAGUAUUGCAGUCAUUGUUUUAAAUGGUUGUGAAAUGAUGUUCAGCAUACUUCUGGACAGACACGGAGAGCAGAUAUGUUUUGUGGGUCAAAAAUUCUCCCAGUUGUCGAACACAUUAUGCCGAUUUUGGCGCAGGGUUGGAAAAGAUUUUGAAUGGUUUAACCUUGGAAUUUCUCUCGUCAGGUUUCGAUUUAGGAUGAGGGUGACCAUAACAAGUUAUUGAUUAACCAACUCUUGGCUGUCUUUGGUGUAGGCCUUCCUCUUGGAGGAUGUUUUUUUUUUUUUUGGUCCUCUCUUCCCCUCGGUGGAAAUCCAGUUUUUGCCUGGGAGCUGAUGCUGGUCUGAUGUAAUCAUAUUCAAGUUGAUGUCUUGCUCCUUUUGCGUUGUACGCUGAACUAACCUGUUCAGCCCCAAGGACUGUUUCUGUCAAGAACGAUCCUGUUUGCCUGUGAGGACGAAGAGGAGGAUGGUUCAUCAUCUGUUGGUCUGCUCCAUACCAGGAUGGAGCGAGUCAAUCUUGUUGUGUUUCAACACCGGCUGUGGUUUUCAGCUGGGCAACAAAUGACCUCUUUUAUAUAUUUUAGAUUGUACAUCAGCUUCAUGGUUUUGACCGCAAAACAAACAACGAUGUUUUAAUCAUGUUUAUAUCUGUAGAGAGUAAAUGCACUGAAAAGUUGCACUGCGGUUUUUCUGCAAUGCAAGUGCGAAUCUAACUUUGUUUUGGUUGUGUUAAAAAAACAAAAAAAAACAUUUAACCUUACAACUGCCAUGCAACACAGCAAUGCAAAUCACUUUAUUUACCAGAGCUUUUCCCCGCAUUUUAGAGUUUUGUAAUGUACCCAGGACUGGUCGUCAAUGACGUGUUAGCGGAAGUUCUUCCAGGUAACCUGUUGUAUGUGAACACUUGCGUUUACAUCUCUCUCUCUCUCUCUCUCUCUCUCUCUCUCUCUCCCUCUCUCUAUAUCUAUAUUUUUUUUCCCAUAUUAAAGUCAAUACAUACUUUAA